CCACAUACGAUCAUUAUCUCUUUCUUCUUCCUCACCUCUCUGUUUCACACUUUGUAUAUAUAUACACAGAGUAUUGUUCAUAUCUUUAUUUCACCGCGUUUUCUCUUUCGCUUCUCUCAAGCUCCAACGCUAAAUUCAGGAAGCUUUCGAGAAUUGCAACAAUGGAGAAACUCGCUUCGUCUACAAUAACAGAUCUAGCUUACGUAACAGCAAUAAACUCACCACCACCUCCAUUAUCACCUCUCUCUGAAAAAAGCUUCAACAACAAACAUCAAGAAGAGUUCGCCGCAAGCUUCGCAUCACUCUACAAUUCAAUUUUCUCACCGGAAUCUCAAUUCCCGAUUUCGUUAUCUCUCUCUCCUUCUCCUCCGUCCUCUUCCUCACCGCCAGCUCGCGUCGAUACAACAACAGAGCAUCGUCUUCGUCAAGCGAGACUUAUCCUCGAGUACGAUGAACUCAACGAGCAUUACGAGCUUUGCCUUAACCGUCUUCAAUCUCUAAUGACGGAACUCGACUCUCUUCGUCACGAAAACGAUUCUCUCCGCUUUGAAAACUCAGAUCUACUCAAACUUAUUCAUCUCUCUACUUCAUCUUCUUCCUCAUCCUCCUCCGUCUCUCCACCGCCGAUCCAUAACCAUAACCGCCAAUUCCGUCACCAGAUCUCCGAUUUCGGUCCGAUUCAUAAGCAUUCUCGCUCCGUGAAGAGAAACUCGUUGCCUAAGAGCAUCUCCGUCAGAUCUCCAGGUUAUCUCAAGAUCAACCAUGGAUUUGGAGUUUCUGAUCGUCAAACGAGUCAACUCAGCUUCACGAGUCAACACAGCUCCGACUCGGUGUCGUCUCAAAAGGUGUGUGUAGUACCAACAAAAGGAGAGAGAGAAGCAUUAGAGCUUGAGGUAUAUCGUCAAGGGAUGAUGAAGACGGAGCUUUGUAACAAAUGGCAAGAGACCGGAGCUUGUCCUUACGGCGAUAAUUGCCAAUUCGCUCACGGAAUCGGCGAGCUCCGUCCUGUGAUUAGGCAUCCACGCUACAAAACUGAGGUUUGUAGAAUGAUUGUCACCGGAGCUAUGUGUCCUUACGGUCACCGUUGUCAUUUCCGUCACUCACUUACUGAUCAAGAGAGGAUGAUGAUGAUGCUCACUCGCUGAUCUGGAGACGAAGAAGGGUAAUAAUUAGUGGUUGUGUACAGAUUUGAUAAAUAUCGUAACUUUUCUGGGUAAUGAAUUGGGGAAGAAACAUAUUUGCAAUAGGAAUAAGGAAAGGGAAAGAUGUUAUUAUAUAAAUGUUGGUAGGAUUUAUAGGAAUAUAAUUAGGGAUAUGGAUAUGAAAGGAGUAUGAAGAGAUGUGUGGUUCUCUCGGAUUAAGCAGGAGAGACUUGAAAAGGAUUUUAGAUUCAACAAAGAUAUGAAAUUUGUAUUGAUAAAAGUUUUUUACUUUGUGCAUAACUAUGCAACUUUCUUCCAAUUACACUGAUUCAAUGUU